AUGCAUCCCUCCUCUCAGUGGACUGUACCAGCAGUGAUCUCCUUCUCCCCCACCAGGAUGUCUUUCAGGGAGAAGGGGGUUGAGGCGUACUUGGUUUUCUUCCAGAAGUGUCUUUUCCUCUUCCUGGUGACCAGGCUGAGGGGUUGGUAGCGGUCAGCCUCACUCAGGCUCGGUACGGGGAUCAGCCGACCUGUGUCUCCCACCUGCUUCACAAAGUUCUUAGUCGCCGCAGCGAACAUACCGGUGACCAAGAAAGAGCACACGGGUGCAGCAGUCACUGCUGGACAUGCAUGGCAGCAACAGGUGUGCUGUAAGAGUCCACUGUCCAGGCAGGUGUCAAUCCUUUAGUUUACAGUAUUAAAGAUGUUUCUUCUUCUCUUUUCUUCUCUUUGGUGAGUUCACAUUGGGAAGUUCUGCACAGGUGGACAGUAGUUCUGAACAGAUGUCUUCCAAACAGCUAAAGUCGUUCAGCUGUGAACCUUAUGGCUCAGGGCUAAUGAAUAAUGGAGACACCAUGUAAGGGGAUAUGGGGACAAGCUGUCCCAUAACGUGAUUGGACAGGUAUUUGCCUUCAUUCUUCCUGUCAUGUGACCAGUGAGCUCACCAAUGGGUUAUGCAGUACUUCCUGGGCUACUCUGUCUUUGAGGUCCUAGAUGUCUAUCAAUAACGCUGCCCUACGCUCUGAAAAGAGAUAUCAGUGUAAGUGAGGUAUCAAUAGUUUAAUUGUAGCUGGUUAGGGAAUCUGAUCACUUUUAAUUGGAUCAGGGUUACACACCUUAAAGGAAAACUCCACCCAAAAGCUAUCUAUUGGUAUAGUCCCAAAUGUUGUUGAUAUAGUCCCAAAAUGGAUUGCAUGUUAGCAAUCAAGUUUUCAAGAUAUUUAACUUUCAUAAUACAGAAAUACAGCUGGUAUGAUACAUUUUGCAUCAUAUGAUGCUGCGUUUUGCAUCAUAUGAUGCAAAAUGCAUCAUACCGGCUUUAUUUCUGUAUUAUGAAAGUUAUAUAUCUUGAAAGCUUGAUUGCUGACAUGCAACACAUUUUGGGACUAUAUCAACAAUGGUCUAAUUAAACAAAUACCAAAAGAUGGUUUUUGGGUGAAAUUGUCCUUUAAUGUGUGUUGUACUCUACCUGUACCCACCCAGACCUUUGUAUGCCAUAGCAUUCAGCUCACCACAAAAACAACAAUCAGCAUGCAGUCUCUGGGAUUUGACUCAACAUGACCCUUUCCUUUCUUAGUAGCAUGUGAAACAUCUGGACCCUGUGUUGUCAACUAUCAUGACAAAUAACAAAAAGAGUGGUGGUCUUUGUGGUGUCUAUGUUCAAAUGUACUUUUCUUGUGCUUGUGGUUGUGUCUGGUACCAAUAAUAGACUAGUCUACAUGUUAGAGGGAGUUUAAUACUUCUAGACCAAGGCUUUCCCCACCCAAAGAUCAUACAGGAUAUGUUAUAUUAUGACCUUGCGUUGCCUCCCUUGUAAUUUAGCUGUUUGGCUAGGAAAUUAAACGUAAUGUCGUUUAUUUAUAAGAUACUUUUAAAAAAGUGGGAAAUGGGUGUGGUUUCCACAGUGUAAACUAUGUCUGUAUUCACACGGGUCCAUUAACACUCAUAAUGAUUACCCAGGUAGGUUAUUAUAGGGAUAAGACUAGCAGGACAAAAAUACAUAUUACUGUGCAAAUGGCCAUAUGGGAACAUGGCAUGAAUACACUUCUAUGAAGGCCUUCACAAUUUCAAGUUAAUGCAGAGAAACGACUGGGGAGCCUUUUUUGUGAAGCUGGUGAGCGUUAAUCAGUAACUGAUUAUAUUUUUAAAGUAAUCUGCCCAAUGCUGGCUGUCUGAGACUGAGAGCACAGGCAAAAAGGAAGAAAAUUAGAGGUUAGACAACCCUUAAAAAAAGAGAGUGAGAGAGAGGCGAGAGGGAGAGAGAGAGAAGUAGAGAGAGAGAGGGAGAGAGAGAGUAGAGAGAGAGAGAGAGAGAGAGAGAGGUGAGAAAGAGAGAGAGAAGUAGAGAGAGAGAAGUAGAGAGAGAGAGAGAGAGAAGUAGAGUGAGAGAGAGAGAAGAGAGAGAGAGAAAGUUUCUCAAAAGGCAGUUGUCUUCUCCUCUCAAGGCUACUUGGAUAUUACUGGAUGGUACUGUGUACUGCAACGCUAGCCUAGCUCCCUCGUCCUCCUCUCCUCUCGUCCUCCUGUCUGCCCUGUAUGUGUGUUCGGAAGGUGCCUGUCUCAGGUGCAGACAUGGCCACCUCUGUGCACUCCAGGAUUAUUCUAUGUCUGGCUAUAUCUUUGGUUCCGGUAUUGGCAGUGGCCAGCCAGGAUGUCAAGCUAGGUGAGUGGACGGGGCUGCACUACAUGACUUAUGGUCUGACUGACUGAAGAUUGUGUUGAUUGCUCUGGCUUGAACUGGUGAUAUGAAUUGCUUAUGUGUUUAACUUUUUGUUCUACAUUUUUUUUAUUGAUUGAUAGAAUGUAUUAAAUAAUUAGAAGUAGUAGGCUGCUCGAGCCGCAGACAACAUUACAGACAUAAACAUUAUCGAAGAUAAAAACACAAUAAAGCCUGAAGGCUUUUUUACAUUGAGUACCACAGUAUGAGUCAUAAAACCCGUAAAUGGUUCCAAUCAUUUUAUCACCAUUCAUUUUUCCAUCUGGGAUUUUAGAACUGCUUCAUAUAAGGUCUGUGUUUCAUGUAGGCUUACCCUGGCGUGACGUUUUGAUAGCCGCGCAAAUCUCUCUUGGACAAGGUGACUUUUAUCAAUAAUUAUCAUUGUGAAUUUUGUUGAGUAAAUUCAGGCGAAUAUUUUGAUAAAACUCACCUUGUCCGGGAGAGAAUUACAUGGCUAUCAAAACGUCACGCCAAGGUAAGCCGACACCAAACACACAAUUAAUUUGCAUUUUUUGUAGAAUUCACGAUGUGAAAAAUGAAUGGCGGAAAAACCAUUGGAACCAUAUCCGUGUUUUUAUGGGUAUUAUAUGAUGCGUCCACUGUGGAGGACUAUUGUGGUCCAGGUAGAUGGCCGGUAGAUGGCAGGUAGAUGGCAGGUAGAUGGCAGGUAGAUGGCAGGUAGAUGGCAGGUAGAUGGCAGGUAGAUGGCAGGUAGAUGGCAGGUAGAUGGCAGGUGGGAAAGAUUGACACAUCACACCCAAUGCAAUUUAAAAACAACAACAGUAUAAUCAUUUACUACUAUAUCAACCUUAUCAACAGCACAGAGGUGCCUGUUUAGGAGUCGCCUCGUCAAAGAAUACCCCUAAUCACACUGACAGAUAUUUUUUAAAGCUAUUAAAGCUAUUCAUCUUAAAGCUAUUCUCUGAAGACAGAGUUUUCAGGUAGCUUGGUAACCUGUUCCACAGAACUGCAACAGAGUACAGGAAUUACUUUUUUCCCAUGGAGCUCUUGAGUCUACACGGAACAAAGUUAGUGAAGGUCCCUCUGGGAACAAAGGAUUCCCUCUGGGAACAAAGGACUAGGGUUGAAAAGCCACCGGUAAUAUACCAAAUUUACCGGAAUCUUUUGUUUUGAUUUGUUUAACACUUUUUUGGUUACUACAUGAUUCCAUAUGUGUUAUUUCAUAGUUUUGAUGUCUUCACUAUUAUUCUACAAUGUAGAAAAUAGUACAAAUAAAGACAAACCCUUGAAUGAGUAGGUGUGUCCAAACUUUUGACUGGUACUGUAUACUGUAUAUAUUUCACAUGUGAUAAGUCCACACAGAGGGCCAGAGAGUCUGAAGUACCCAACAAGGCCACUAGAUGUCAUCUGAUAAAAUUCCAUAUAUUCCUUGAAAGUUACCAAAAUUCUGGUAGUUUACUGGUAAAGUACUCGAAAGUUUCGAGUAAUAUACCCUACCUUUGCAACCCUUCUCAGGAUAGAUCAAGCAUGACAAUGAGAUGAUGCAACACUUUUAUGCUUUUUAUACUUUUAUGGAGCCUUUUUGAACAUCUAUAGGUGUUGUAUAUACAAUAUUCAUACUUUUUUGUUUUAAGUUUGUGUUUAGUUUACAGGCCUCAAUAUCACAAUUAUUUUCUCACAGUGAAACGUAAAGUACUAAAAUGGGUAAUUUCUUUACAGCAGGAAGUGGUAUGUUUUAUAAGCACCAUCAUACCUCUCACCCCACAGCAUGUUUAGUCCAGUUUACAGGCGUCUCUAGACCACGUUGGCCUUGCCCUCAACAUCACUCCCCAAAACUGAGCUAAACCAAAUAAACACUUUUAAUGGGUGCUAUUUUCUCAUUGCUCAUAUUGUAGCUUUUUACAAGUAAGUAAAUAAAGUGUUCAAAUAACACUAAUGGGAUCUCUCAGAAAUGCUGUCUGGAUACAAACAUCAAUACAUGGAUAGAAUACAUAUUUUUAUUUUGUUUUUACCAGGCAUGUCAGUUAGGAACACAUUCUUAUUUACAAUAAGCCCUGGCAACAAUUUUUGCAUACAACGAAAAUACAUCCCUCUUAGACAGACUACGUGCUAAAGUGGUGUUGUUUGUAUGACUGGCUGGCUGGCUGGCUGGCUGGCUGGCUGGAAGGGCUAUUUCAGUGCAAGGCUGAGGCAGAAUGAAGGGUUGUAGAGUGCCAUGGUCAUAAUGAUGUUGGGAUGGACCAAAACAGGCCACUGAUUUUGGUCAGUGGUUUGGCCAGAGAGCGACCGGACACGCCCAGUGAAAUGAUGCAUGCUGGGUAUGAAUAUGCUUCAUACUGUCGGCAUCCACAAAGCCCAUAUCACUUUAGAAGUAUACUGUCUUCGAACAGGGAAGAAUGUAAGUUACUGAUAUGGUGAACAAAACAUAUUCUUGAGUCUGGUUUCUCCCAAGGAUUAUUUUCCUUGCCACUUUUGUAUGUGCUUGUGUAGCGUGGGUCAAUCAAGUGAUAAGUAGGCCUAACCUUGCCUGCCACCUGGGCCCAGUUUUUCUAAAGUUAUCUGUCCGGAUGUCGUCUAUCGAUAAGAUGAAAUGCAUAGAAACAGAAUGAAUAGAACGGGAGUCCCCAUUCAAGUCAAUGAUUCGUCCAUUCUUUCAUUCUAUAUCUAGGUAUUUAAUCCUAUCCGAUAGGUGAAAUCCAGAUAGAUAACCUUUGAAAAACUGGGCCGCUGAUGACUUGUGUUAGCUCCCCAAGCUGAUGCCUAGGCUUUAGCUCAGUGGGUUGAAGCAGACUUGUUGCAGGCAGGUAACCUGAGUUCAAACCCAGUAGGUCACACUUGCUGCUCGGGGGUUUAGGCCCAUGUUGCUGUAGAAAACGUCUUAUUGUAAAAAGUCUCAUAAUAAUGGCCGGAAAUAAUGGAAUGGUGUCAAACCCCUGGAAACCAUGUGUUUGAUGUAUUUGAUACCGUUCCACUGAUUCCGCUCCAGUCGUUACCACAAACCCAUUCUCCCCAAUUAAGGUGCCACCAGCCUCCUGUGGUGUAUUGUUUGAGCAGAUUAACGCUACACUGAAAAAGACAAGAAAACCAUACUUUCUAAAAUAUUCCCCAAUGUUAUUUGGCUGUAAAACAGUAUACUAUUGGACAAUGUUUUAUAAUGCUUGAUAAUAUAACACCACGAUCACUUUCACCUGACUUCACAGCUGAGCAGUAAAGUGUCAUAUAGGUCAGUGUGAUGUACGGAAAAUUAUGGCAGGCGGCCAUAUUGGAUAAUUAACUCAAGUGGAACGGUGUUAUGGUCCAUGUGCAAACCACAAAUGGAUUCAAUUUACAGUCACCACAGGCCUCACUUUUAUAGUGAUCAAAACGCUGAACAUAAUGGAUUUAAUAAUAACACCCUGGUUGGUGAAGUAAAUAUACAAAUGAUUGAUUAAUGUACACUAUUCACUUGGGUACAGCUGACUUAACUUAAUAACGUUAUAACAUUUUGGAAAUGGAAGUUGGUCCAUAUGAUGAAGCGUUUUGAUUCCAUGGCUGUGGAGUUAGCUGGGUGGGGCCUCUCAUGGCUGGGUUAGAAAUACAGACCAGCCACAGACACAUGCUAAGCUUAACCUAUAAUAUAGGCCGCUGUGGUUUUCCCUGAAAUAACUCCUGCUUUUGAAAAGUAGCUUCUCUCUUGGGGAGAGGCUCGCCCACAUAAUGAGUACUUAGAAGUUAAGUCUAUCAUAUAAAACUGGCUAAGUUUAUAAAAAGUGAAAUGCCGCGAUGAUAUUACAUAUAGUACUGCAGCAGGUGGUCAGGGUUUCCCCUAGUUUCACUCUCUUUAGUUCCAACAGAGGCCCCACCAACCCGCCUAGAUAAUGGCAUGGAAAAUGCUUGGGUUGUUUCUUGCUUCCUGGCAACAUCUGUAUUGGAGUGAUGUUUCCCUGAUUCACAGAUUAAUUGUGAAAAGAGCUUCUGUUCCGUGUCAUCGACUGUGCUGUGGAACAUCUUCUUAUUAUCUCCAGUGAACUUUAGUCUUCGGGAUCUCAUUGAAGUGGGAUGGGGAAAUGUAGAUGCCUAUUUAUAAAAAUAACAUCAAGCCCAGAACCUGAAAGGACAGUCUGAUUUCUUAGUCUAUAUUACUGGGUUUGACUUACAUGACGUCAGUGUCUUGCUCAGUACUUAUGUCGACUAUAUUUAGAUGUAGGCCUAGAAUUUACAACUUUGAAUGAUAAGUGUGGAGAUGUGAAACAAGUAACAUAAUGAUUUAUAAAGGCAAGCUUCCUAUUUUGUCAUAGAAAUUUGCGAAAUUGCUCUUAUGAUGAGCAAUCACCCUACACAACUACAUCCUUGGUAUAUGAGCUUCUUCCAAGAUUCAUAAUUACACAUUGGAGGAAAAACAUUUAACUUCACAAUUUGACAAUGAGGAGCUUCACUGAAAAUAAUAGUUAUGUGGAGCUGAUGCACCAAGCUACAUAAAGAGUAGGUCAUCACAUUCUAUCCUGGGGACAAUCUAAGAUGGUCCUUCUCUCUCUAACCGUGUUAAUGUGUUACAUUCUUCAUAAAAACCCUAAACUGAACGUUUCACACAAUGCCGAGUUUGUGGCAAGUGAGCUGUACUUGAUUUAACAGGGGAAAACAAAGAAUUUCAGACGUGUACUUAAACACAAUGACACCAACACCACAUUGUCCACAUUAUAGUAAAUGUGAGAUUGUCCCACUCUGGGACGGUGUUCUCUCUCUUCUGUCUGCCACCUAGUGGACAUAGAAUAAACACACAAAACGUACAAUACUAAUCAUUUAGUCACAUGGACACUCAUCAGGUCACAUGGUCAUUAAAAACUCUCUUCCCUAAUCAGGCCUGCUAAACAACCCCUUGAUUCUAUUGGCCAGAAAUGGUCAUUCAUGCUUUUUGUCAUCUCUGAAAGUCCCAGAAACACAGCGGUGUUGUUUCCUGGUGUUAUUGUGGAGGGUUACUCUACGUCUUACUCCAUAAGGACAUAACAUGUAAAGAUACACGUCUGAAUGCAAAUGGUGUUUACUUGCUCUGGCAGGGCACGAAGACAGCUGUGCAGAAAACGGCAAAGUCUACAGCAACAAUGAGAUUUGGAACCCGGAGCCAUGUAAGAUCUGUGUGUGUGACCUGGGCACUAUUACCUGUGAGGAUGUCCGAUGUGAAGACCUAUCCUGUAAGGAAACCACCACCCCUGAGGGAGAAUGUUGCCCUGUGUGUUCUGAGGCUGCAGGUACCCAGGGCCAGCAGGCUGCUACCUGGGAUAAUCUGCUACCAAAGAUCAAAACAGGUGAACUCAUUCUCACCACAUUACAUUGAUCCAUGUUUUACAGAUUCAAGCGUCAGCUAAGAUAAUUAUUACUCAUGGUCAUGGAAUGGAAUGGUGUUCGAUUAAUGGUGUUGUUACAUUCUAAUUACAGUCUCACUACAUUCUCUCAGUAUUUCUAAUAGGACCUAUGUCUGAUUCAUAUUCUCUUCUUCAAUCUCCAUGACUCUGUAGAGGAGAAGAAGGAUGAGACCUGCAGGGACAACGGGCAGGUGUACGCCCACAACGACAUGUGGACCCCAGAGCCGUGCAGGGUGUGUGUGUGUGACAGUGGAACCACCCUCUGUGAGGAGGUGCAGUGUGAGACGGUGGGGAACUGUGAGAAGGUUACCAUCCCUGAGGGAGAGUGCUGCCCCGUGUGUGACAGCUUCUCCAGCGCUAACAGAAGGAUAGGUGAGAUAAAUGAUAUACUAAUAUAUAUACAGUACCGGUCAAAAGUUUGGACACACCUACUCAUUCAAGGGUUUUUCUUUAUUUUUACUAUUUUCUACAUUGUAGAAUAAUAGUGAAGACAUCAAAACUAUGAAAUAACACAUAUGGAAUCAUGUAGUAACCAAAAAAGUGUUAAACAAAUCAAAAUAUAUUUCAUAUUUGAGAUUCUUCAAAUAGCCACCCUUUGCUUUGAUGACAGCUUUGCACACUGUUGGCAUUCUCUCAACCAACUUCAUGAGGUAGUCACCUGGAAUGGAUUUCAAUUAACAGGUGUGCCUUCUUAAAAGUUAAUUUGUGGAAUGUCUUUCCUUCUUAAUGCGUUUGAGCCAAUCAGACAUGAAGGUCAUCAAGGCAAAGGGUGGCUAUUUGAAGAAUCUCAAAUCUCAAAUAUAUUUUGAUUUGUUUAACACCUUUUUGGUUACUACAUGAUUCAUAUGUGUUAUUUCAUAGUUUUGUUGUCUUCACUAUUAUUCUACAAUGUAGAAAAUAGUACAAAUAAAGAAAAACCCUUAAAUGAGUAGGUGUGUCCACACUUUUGACCGGUACUGUAUAUAUAUGCACAUAUACAUGCUUAAACAUAUAUAUGAAUGAUAUGUCUAAAGGGCCAGGCUCACAUGUCUACAUCAUUAGCUCAGACUGACUGUGACUGCAAGGUGUUGCCUGGGAAUCCAAACUGAAGUGUGAAACGUAGCGAUUAAGUUUGGAUUCCCAUUUGCCAGGCUACUGGAGGUGUCUCACUGACUGAUGAUAAGAGGGGAAAACAUACUGAAUUUCAUAGCGUUUCAACAUAUAACACAGUCUCAAGUCAUUAAAGAUCACACGUCACUUUAAGGAUAAAAGAUCUACACUAAAAUAUGAUUUCUUCCUUUUCCUUCCUCAAAGAAAUGAUGGCGUUCCAGGUGAGUAAUGAUGAAAGAUAUUCACAAUUUUCUGUUUUCCACUUUGAUUUUUACUUGGACACACUCCUGAUUAUUAGCUUGAGUGCUAGUCUGUUUGUGUUGUCAUGCCAACUUCUUGUCACUCAUUGUCAUAUUUGGCUUGACAGUGACCAAUGGGGUUGGCAAGAGCACAAACAGAUCUGGGACCAGGCUACCUGAAUAGCUGAGCUGAUUGUCACAUUGUUAUUGAUGCAUUUGAUUUCCAGGGUCAGAAAGGUGAACCUGGUGACAUCCCUGACGUAAGUCUGUUUUCAUACAUCUCAGAGACAGAAACAGUGCAUUUGUUAAUCAAGAAUUCAUGUGACUUUUGAUGCCUAUUAUGACAACUCUUAUCCAAAACGUCAUACUGUCACUUUUAUAUCUGAACAACUGUUUUUGUUUGUUUUUUGUUUCCAGGUCGUGGGGCCAGUAGGUCAACCUGGACCAAUGGUGAGCACUCUGUAGCCAUUUAUUUUGUAAAAAAAAAAAACCUCUUCAUAAAUUAACAUAUUUGAUAUUAUUAUGUUAUAAGUUUCUCAAACUGUAUACCAUUGGAGGCUGGUGGGAGGAGCUAUAGGAGGACGGGCUCAUUGUAAUGGCUGGAAUGGAAUUCAUGGAAUGGUACCAAACACAUCAAACACAUGGAAACAACGUGUUUGACUCCGUUCCAUAAAUUCCAGCCAUUACAAUGAGCCCAUCCUCCUAUAGCUCCUCCCACCAGCCUCCUAUUGUAUACACACUAGAUGGUGCUAUAGAGCUUCAGUAACCAAGGAGAAUGACCUGAUGCUACUACUUCGGUCUUUCCACAGCCACAGUGGUAAGACACCAACUACUAGUGUAACUUAUCAUGUGAAGUCAUCAUGUUUUCUUGUUAUCUGUGUCAAUGUUUCAGGGUCCUCCCGGAGCUCAGGGGAACAGAGGAUACACUGGAUUCAAGGGCAGAAAAGUAUGUCUAACACAAUGACAUUUACAUCUAGAGAAGCGUGUUACAGUACUGCGAUUUAAUGUGAUUUUUCCCUAGCCUAAGACUAACACACUACACUGAGCUAACUCACUGCUCUUCAAUACAUUUAUAUGUCGAAUCUGGUAGACAUGUUAGAUCAUCUCUGUAGUAGUGACGUUGUAUACUGUCAUUCAUGAGUUUGCACGUGUUUCCUAAUAUCCAGGGUUUACAGGGCCCAGCUGGCAUCGACGGGGAACCAGGAGUCCCAGGGAACCCUGGUGAGCCAGGAUCCCCCGGCCAGCCCUCACACCCUGGGGUGAGUCUGUCUGUCUGUCCUCCCAGCCCGACACUUCACUGAUGCGGUCUUUAACCUUCAUUUCUGGUCAAAAGUGCUUUCCCUCCCUACACGUGUUAGUAAACUCACUGGGUGGGUGUGUUGUGGCAAAAAUACAGCCAUUUGUAUUUUGCAUUGCUUUUUGGCCAAAUGUGCUUGCUGUACCUGAAAUCAUUUUCACCCCAAAACGUAAAGUAAGUACGUGGGGGCUUGUAGGGAUACUCAGAGCACAUAAAGAGACGUGGGGGCUUGUAGGGAUAUCUCAGAGCACAUAAAGAGACGUGGGGGCUUGUAGGGAUAUCUCAGAGCACAUAAAGAGACGUGGGGGCUUGUAGGGAUAUCUCAGAGCACAUAAAGAGACGUGGGGGCUUGUAGGGAUAGCUCAGAGCACAUAAAGAGAUGUGGGGGAUUGUAGGGAUAUCUCAGAGCACAUAAAGAGACGUGGGGGCUUGUAGGGAUAUCUCAGAGCACAUAAAGAGACGUGGGGGCUUGUAGGGAUAUCUCAGAGCACAUAAAGAGAUGUGGGGGAUUGUAGGGAUAGCUCAGAGCUUCCAACCCUUUUCUAGCCCUCUUCUCAUUGCACUUGUCCAGUUGAGGUGACCUUGCACCUGCUCUCUUCAUAUGGAGGCGGCUGCCUGUCUGUGGUCACCAGUGAAGAACUUCCACACCGUGAUAAGGAAUGAAGAAUGACUGUCCUCCUCUCUCCCCCAGGGCCAGCUGGUCUCUCAGAUGGCUGCAGGCUUCGGUGAGAAAUCAGCUGGGAUGAUGGGGUUGAUAUCUGGCAACAGGGUGAGUUACUAUUAAAUCAGCUGGGAUGAUGGGGUUGAUAUCUGGCAACAGGGUGAGUUACUAUUAAAUCAGCUGGGAUGAUGGGGGUGAUAUCUGGCAACAGGGUGAGUUACUAUUAAAUCAGCUGUCCUAUACUAAAAAGCCCCUGACAACCUCAAUGACGGGUAGUCCUUGCUAAGUGUGUGAGUCCAUGGGCAGUAGAUUGUAAACAAGGAAAACAUACGGUAGCAUAUACACCACAGGGGGCUGGUGGCACCUGAAUUGGGGAGGACAGGCUCGUGUUGAUGGCUGGAGCAGAAUUAGUGCAAUGGUAUCAAAUACAUCAAACACAUGGUUUCCAUGUGUUUGAUGCCAUUCCAUUUGCUCCAUUCCAGCCAUUAUUAUGAGCAGUCCUCCCCUCAGCAGCAUCCUGUCUUAUACAUUGUCUUUGGCGGGUUUGAUUGAAUGACAGUUAAUUUACGUUUGUGCCUACAUUACUAUUUACUCAUUACUCAUUACUCAUUACUCUGUCUCUGUAUGUUGUCUCCAUGUAUAUUUUAGGGUGAGGCAGGACCAAGAGGGCCUCCUGGACAGCCUGGUCAACCAGUAAGUCAAAGAUAGCCGACUAUAUCUACCUUUCAGACAUCAAUUCUUACUGGAGAUCAUUUCUGUAACUCAACAGACAGAUAUGUGAUGCUUUCCUUUCCCCCCCUGUCUCGUAGGGCCCUACAGGGGGACAGGGUGCCCCAGGAGACGUUGGAGACCCAGGAUCCAUGGUAAGAACCAAGCACAAUCUCUGCAUCAGACAUCUCUCUGAUGUUAUUUUGACUGGGUUUGAAUCCUGGUAGCCUACAUGCUUGAAGACUGUUAGUCCAUUGAGCUAAAGCAAAAAGAUUAAAAUAAAUGUAUGUUUUAGUCAAAUAUUAUAUCUGUUUGAGCUUCUUGAGGUCUUGCAGUCUGUUCCGCCCCCCUACCAUCCAUUCAAGAAAAAAUCGUCCCGCGACUGAAUCGGCUGAAUCUAAUCUUUCUGUCCUAGGCAUUAGCUCAGGGAGCUAACGCAAGUCUUCAGUUCUCAGGCAAAGUUAUCAUCAUCACACCAGCUUGGAUCACUGAACUACCUCCGAUACACUCUCACACACCGUAUCGAGGUGUUACACCAAGAUCUACCAAUCACACACCGUGUCGAGGUGUUACACCAAGAUCUACCAAUCACACACCGUGUCGAGGUGUUACACCAAGAUCUACCAAUCACACACCGUAUCGAGGUGUUACACCAAGAUCUACCAAUCACACACCGUAUCGAGGUGUUACACCAAGAUCUACCAAUCACACACCGUAUUGAGGUGUUACACCAAGAUCUACCAAUCACACACCGUAUCGAGGUGUUACACCAAGAUCUACCAAUCACACACCGUAUCGAGGUGUUACACUAAGAUCUACAAGAGCCUUUGCUCAAAAUGUUUUAUUGACUGUGUGUGAUUUGACAUGUUGUUUUUACACAGGGCGGCUUUGGUUACAGAGGACCUGAGGGCCCACCAGGAAAACCAGGACCAGAUGUAAGUACUCUACACUCGACCAGACAUAGGCCGUGUCCCAAAUGGUACCCUAUUCCCUAUAUAGUGCAAUACUAUAAACCAGGACCCACAGGGCCAGAGGCGGGGAACAACCCGCAUUAGACAUGACGUCUUCUGAGUAUGAAUGAGCCUAGUAUGUUGAUAUUGGUAGGCUUUCUGCAUAUGUUCUAAACAGUAUGUAGUAUGAUUAGUACACAGUAUGUAGUUUUAGUAAGUAGUACACAAGACAGAUUUCAGACACGGCCAUAGACUAUGGUUGCCACUUGCCACUGAUCAAAACAGAUACAAAUGUUAUGUAAGUGUAGUGUCUUGUUGCUAAUGUAGAUUACAGCAUUGCUGGUAGUUCUGCAUAUUUUAUUCAAUAGGCGCCGGUUGAAAAACGUGCUAGUGUACGCUACACUAACACCGAUACCUUGGUGUGUCUAACGUGCUAGUGAAGGCUACACUAACACCAAUACCUUGGUGUGUCUAACGUGCUAGUGAAGGCUACACUAACACCGAUACCUUGGUGUGUCUAACGUGCUAGUGAAGGCUACACUAACACCGAUAACUUGGUGUGUCUAACGUGCUAGUGAAGGCUACAAUAACACUGAUACCUUGGUGUGUCUAACGUGCUAGUGAAGGCUACACUAACACCGAUACCUUGGUGUGUCUAACGUGCUAGUGAAGGCUACACUAACACCGAUAACUUGGUGUGUCUAACUCUGCCCUAACAUGCCAUGUUGUGUGUCAUUAGCUUGUUUUUUUCUAACCUUUAUCAGAGAUGGUAGAAUGCCACGUGUCAAUCAACCAUCUAGACUCUUAGACAACACUAAACUGCCUAACCUGGAAGCGAAAGAAAUCCACACCUGUUGAGACGAGGUGCUGGCUAGCGGAGUAGAACACUUGGAAAAGAAAAGGAGAGCCGUACACACUAGGAGCUCAGAUGCAAUCAUUUUAUAACCAACGUUUCGACAGACAAACUUUCUUCAUCAGGGUAUAAUGACAAACACUGCGGGUCACUAGUUUAUAUAGUUUCAAAGGACACACACAGGGGUCUGCAAUCAUGGCCGAGUGUGGCUUGAUAUCAUUGGUUAAUUUACAAUAUUUAUAGAACAUAUAAAAAACAUGAAUGGAUAGCAUACGAUCAUACAGUGGGGAAAAAAAGUAUUUAGUCAGCCACCAAUUGUGCAAGUUCUCACACUUAAAAAAAUGAGAGAGGCCUGUGAUUUUCAUCAUAGGUACACGUCAACUAUGACAGACAAAAUGAGAAAAAAAAUCCAGAAAAUCACAUUGUAGGAUUUUUAAUGAAUUUAUUUGCAAAUUAUGAUGGAAAAUAAGUAUUUGGUCAAUAACAAAAGUUUCUCAAUACUUUGUUAUAUACCCUUUGUUGGCAAUGACACAGGUCAAACGUUUUCUGUAAGUCUUCACAAGGUUUUCACACACUGUUGCUGGUAUUUUGGCCCAUUCCUCCAUGCAGAUCUCCUCUAGAGCAGUGAUGUUUUGGGGCUGUCGCUGGGCAACACGGACUUUCAACUCCCUCCAAAGAUUUUCUAUGGGGUUGAGAUCUGGAGACUGGCUAGGCCACUCCAGGACCUUGAAAUGCUUCUUACGAAGCCACUCCUUCGUUGCCCGGGCAGUGUGUUUGGGAUCAUUGUCAUGCUGAAAGACCCAGCCACGUUUCAUCUUCAAUGCCCUUGCUGAUGGAAGGAGGUUUUCACUCAAAAUCUCACGAUACAUGGGCCCAUUCAUUCUUUCCUUUACACGGAUCAGUCGUCCUGGUCCCUUUGCAGAAAAACAGCCCCAAAGCAUGAUGUUUCCACCCCCAUGCUUCACAGUAGGUAUGGUGUUCUUUGGAUGCAACUCAGCAUUCUUUGUCCUCCAAACACGACGAGUUGAGUUUUUACCAAAAAGUUAUAUUUUGGUUUCAUCUGACCAUAUGACAUUCUCCCAAUCCUCUUCUGGAUCAUCCAAAUGCACUCUAGCAAACUUCAGACGGGCCUGGACAUGUACUGGCUUAAGCAGGGGGACACAUCUUGCACUGCAGGAUUUGAGUCCCUGGCGGCGUAGUGUGUUACUGAUGGUAGGCUUUGUUACUUUGGUCCCAGCUCUCUGCAGGUCAUUCACUAGGUCCCCCCCGUGUGGUUCUGGGAUUUUUGCUCACCGUUCUUGUGAUCAUUUUGACCCCACAGGGUGAGAUCUUGCGUGGAGCCCCAGAUCGAGGGAGAUUGUCAGUGGUCUUGUAUGUCUUCCAUUUCCUAAUAAUUGCUCCCACAGUUGAUUUCUUCAAACCAAGCUGCUUACCUAUUGCAGAUUCAGUCUUCCCAGCCUGGUGCAGGUCUACAAUUUUGUUUCUGGGUGUCCUUUGACAGCUCUUUGGUCUUGGCCAUAGUGGAGUUUGGAGUGUGACUGUUUGAGGUUGUGGACAGGUGUCUUUUAUACUGAUAACAAGUUCAAACAGGUGCCAUUAAUACAGGUAACGAGUGGAGGACAGAGGAGCCUCUUAAAGAAGAAGUUACAGGUCUGUGAGAGCCAGAAAUCUUGCUUGUUUGUAGGUGACCAAAUACUUAUUUUCCACCAUAAUUUGCAAAUAAAUUCAUUAAAAAUCCUACAAUGUGAUUUUCUGGAGAAAAAAAAUCUCAAUUUGUCUGUCAUAGUUGACGUGUACCUAUGAUGAAAAUUACAGGCCUCUCUCAUCUUUUUAACUGGUAGAACUUGCACAAUUGGUGGCUGACUAAAUACUUUUUUUCCCCACUGUAGAUAUAAUUUGGCUACAUAGGCCUACAAACAUUUACAAUUAAUAGCUAAAUCACAAUAAUUACAAGAAUGGCUUCAGAUCAAAGUCUACGUUGAGACCUAAGGGAGAAAGGGUCUUUAAAUUAAACACUAAACUGCCUAACACACCUUUGUUCAGGAUUAUACAAUGGGUGAGUCUAAUCCUGGAUGCUUAUUGGUUAAAACCGCAUUCCAGCCGUUGUCUAUUCCGCAAGUUACCACCGGCUAAAUCUAUAACGUUGAAAUGCCUAUUUACUCUGUUCCAUCUGACUGUGCAAUCCACUGUCUCAUUAGCCCAGCCAGAUAAUUUAUAUAUUAGAUCUACACUGUAAAAAGCAUCUAGACAUUAUCUCCCAUUUCUUUUAGACUAGCAUUUGGUUUUCAACAGCGGAGAUUUGUAAUAACCUUGCUGUCUGUCUCUCUGAUAUUUGCAACAUUGUUUCAAUAUUGAAAUUCGAUCUCUACCUGUCCUAUGAACAUGUCGGGAGUCCGGACGAUACAGACAGGCUGGCUGCUUUUCUCAGCCAAUUGAAAUCAUGAAUCGGCAUCAAUGUUAUGGAUAUAAACAAAGAAAUGUCAAUAGAAAAACAGGAAAUGCAGCUAGUUUGCUGUCAUUCCAGCUUCAGUUUGAAGUGAUUAAAAAAGUGAUGAUGUCCACGAAUCGUGCCAAUAUAUCCUCCAAACACCGGCUUCUCGGGCCUGAUCACUUAAGCGAACCCAACAUGGAGAACAUUAUUUUGUUAAAACCUUUGUUCUACAUCAACCUUUAUUGCAUUGAACAUUUAGUCUGACACACCUAUCCAGAAUCAGUUUGAGUCCUAUGUUGAAGUGCUGUUCAUCUGUUGAAAUGCUGUUUGUCUAACUCUGAGAGGGUGAAAACCACAACAAUUUGUUAAUUACCUGUACUGUAAUAGCUUCCAGCAACUGAGAAGGUCAUGUGAUGUUUUCCCUUCACAGGGAGAAUCUGGUCCAACCGGAAUAGGCGGAGAGAAGGGAGCCGCUGGAUCUGCCGUGAGUAACAAACUGUCAUCCAAAGUUCACACAACAUUUACAUUUUACAUUUACGUCAUUUAGCAGACGCUCUUAUCCAGAGCGACUUACCACAACCAAUUAAUACUGUUCUAUGCAUGAAAUCUCUUUCUCUGUCACUGUAAAUCAAAUGAGUGUCGAAUACAAAGGCAUUCACAAAAACACAAUUACACACUUCUUUCGUGAUAGACAUUUCAUGAUUUUGAUUAUAUCACUUCAAACAAUUUCCAUGUGAAUAGAGUGAGAUAUAAGACACUGUGGAUAGAUGCACUUUAUUUUCCCAUCCACUCCCAUACAACUUUAGAAAGCAGGUACCAUCGCCUUCAACCUAAACUGGAAUGAAACCAAUGAACAACAGUCCACAAUUAGAAUAGACUAUUGUUUUAAGGGGCUACUGUAUGUACUUAUAAAUGUGAUAAUAACACAGUGAUUGAAUGUGGUGUUUUCCAGGGUGCCAGAGGUUUCCCAGGACUGCCAGGUCACCCUGGACUGAAGGGCCUUAAGGUCAGCAGCAACACAUGGAUGAUCACAAUGCUCAUAUCUAACCUCCAUCUUUUAAUCUGUGACAAGUCUAUAUCAGAUCAUUAAAAGUGCGACAAUGUACUGUAGUUUGAAGCAUGGCUGCGUGUACAUUAUUAAAAUAGUUUACUUCGCACUGUGCUGUUAUGAACUCCUGUGAGAUUCUUUAGAGCCAAAACAGACCUGAUCAGAACUAAUUAACUAAUGUCUUAUCAACAGGGUCAUACAGGUCUUCUAGGAGCGAGAGGUCAAUCUGGUGCUGCUGGGUCAAAGGUAAACUCAUCAUCAUGUAUAUCUUUAUAUUCGUCCUGCUCCGCAAGAUUAGUAUCUAAAAAUGAUCUGUUUCCGUAUUGCUGCGUAUACCGUGACUCUCUUUCUCUCUCUCUGUCUGUCUGUGUGUGUGUGUGUGUGUUAUUUUACAGGGCCCAUCAGGUACUCCUGGUGGAAUGGGGCCCCCUGGUCCUGCGGUAGGUCAUAAUCAAUUAGUUCAUCGAUAAUAAAUGAUUACAUGAUUGUAAUACCUGUUACUAGUACACACUAAUAACUCUAAAUACGCUGAUAUGUUUCCAAUCUGAUAGUGAGGGAGUGUAAUAUUAUGUGUAUAUUUUAGGGUCCAGCAGGAAUGCAAGGGGAGAGAGGAAGGAGUGGCCCAACUGGACCUGUGGUAAGAGAGAUAUGACUACCUAUGACCUCUGACCUAUAACUCUACAUUACACAACUCCAUCUCUUCAAUCCAAUGAUUGCCCACCUGAAUUAAAUUGAUCUGAGGCAUGAGGCAUCAUACACAUAAUGGGGCGGCGCACAAUUGGCCCAGCGUCGUCCAGGGUAGGGGAGGGAAUGGCCGGCAGGGAUGUAGCUCAGUUGGUAGAGCAUGGCGUUUGCAACGUCAGGGUUGUGGGUUCGAUUCCCACGUGGGGCCAGUAUGAAAAAAUAAAAAAAAUAAUGUAUGCACUCACUAACUGUAAGUCGCUCUGGAUAAGAGCGUCUGCUAAAUGAGGUAAAAUGUAAAAUGUAAAAAAUUAUAUGUAGGUUCAAAGUCAUAACAAAAUGUUUUGUUUUAGCUUAUCAGUGACACACGUUGUAACCUUUGUUUUUAUUUUUUAUUUAUCCAGGCGAGUCAAUUAAGAAUAAAUUCUUAUUUACAAUGACGGCCUGGUUUACAAUGACAGCCUAUGCUGCCACUGUCCUCCUAUGCUUAUGUGCAUUGAUGAUGAGUUGAUAGAGUUGAAUUUGUCAAAUCCUCUUUCAGUUGUGCAUCUCUCUCCAUACAGGGGAAACGUGGUGAAUCUGGACAUAUUGGGAAAGCAGGACCAGAGGUAAGACCUCUAACAUCCAACAAAACAUCACCCUUCAUAUCAAAUGAUUAUGAUACACAAAUCAGUAUUACAAAUGCAAUAAAACAAAUGAAAGCAACACUGUAUCUACUCAAAAUACACUAUUUUCCUGAAAGACAGUCAAAAACGUGUCAUACAUUUACAAAUCAGCAGUGAUGUUAACUGGGCAAAAGUGAUGUUGCCAGUAGUUACCAACACCAAGUGUGUGUCUGAAAUGGCUCCCUAAUUCCUAUAUAGUUUCUAUAUAGUGAAGGGAAUAAGGUACCAUUUUGGACACAGCCCCAUGUGUGGUUGACAUGUAGCCUACUGUAUGUGAUGUGAUUCUAGGGUCCUAUGGGGAUCACUGGAGCUCCAGGAUUCCCAGGUAGUCCAGGUAUAAAGGCGAGUACUGUACAUUCUUUACUAUACUUUGAUGGACUACAGUCCUCUUCUUCACACCAGCCAUGUACUAAAGAUUAGUGACUCAAACGUAUAACCCAGUCCUUCCCCUCAGAAUUAAGUUAAUUUUGAAACUGACCCAUUCGGAUUACUCUAUUUCGAUAAAGAUCUUUUUAUAAGGGUGUUUUAUUCAGUAUGAGCUAUGCAUCUGUUCAUCAACAGUGGAUUAGAGUGCAUGUAAACACACUCUGACUGUGACACUGUUGUCUCCAGGGGCAACCAGGGCCCCCAGGAGCACGAGGGACAGGGGGCCAGCAGGGACCAAGAGGGGAGGCCGGACGCGUGGGAUUGGCUGGAGCUACGGGCAUUCAGGUGUUUGGCUAAUUCAUGAUGCUAAUAAUCUCUACACCUAUGGUAACUGUACUGUCAACAACUCACCACUUCAGGGUGUAGAUUGAUUCACUGAAAAUGUAGCUGAAUCUGGUUUCUGAUUGAAAGGUCCAUUAAAAGUAAAUUCCAAUGUAAUUUACAUUUGAAUGACAUUAUAAAUGACACUGUAAAUGUACAAUAUUUUAUGCUUAAUUAACUGACUUGUCUGGUUAAAUAAAGUUUCAAUAAAUGACUUAAAAAACAUAUUUUGUUGAUUUUUGUAGGGUCCAACAGGGACAGAGGGUGCUGUCGGAGCCAAAGGACCAUCCGUAUGUACAACUCCACCCACUUUCACGCUCUCCAUCUCUCCUUGUUCAUCUCUUUGUUCAUCUCCUUGUUCAGCUACUCCCUUCUCCUCCCCUCAACCUAAUGUAUCUCUCACCUUCCACUCACCCAAAUAUUAAAAUCUGAUUAUUUAUUAUUCAACAAUGUAAUAAUAUUGACAGUGUGUAAUAGGGUGUUGGACCCCCACAUGCCGUGCUGUCUGGACAGUAGACUACAGCCCCUCCUGUUAGAAUGGGCCCUGGCACAGAGUCACAGAGACAGUAGACUACAGCCUGUCCUGUUAGAAUGGGCCCUGGCACAGAGUCACAGAGACAGUAGACUACAGCCCCUCCUGUUAGAAUGGGCCCUGGCACAGAGUCACAGAGACAGUAGACUACAGCCCCUCCUGUUAGAAUGGGCCCUGGCACAGAGUCACAGAGACAGUAGACUACAGCCUGUCCUGUUAGAAUGGGCCCUGGCACAGAGUCACAGAGACAGUAGACUACAGCCUCUCCUGUUAGAAUGGGCCCUGGCACAGAGUCACAGAGACAGUAGACUACAGCCUCUCCUGUUAGAAUGGGCCCUGGCACAGAGUCACAGAGACAGUAGACUACAGCCUCUCCUGUUAGAAUGGGCCCUGGCACAGAGUCACAGAGACAGUAGACUACAGCCUGUCCUGUUAGAAUGGGCCCUGGCACAGAGUCACAGAGACAGUAGACUACAGCCUCUCCUGUUAGAAUGGGCCCUGGCACAGAGUCACAGAGACAGUAGACUACAGCCUCUCCUGUUAGAAUGGGCCCUGGCACAGAGUCACAGAGACAGUAGACUACAGCCUCUCCUGUUAGAAUGGGCCCUGGCACAGAGUCACAGAGACAGUAGACUACAGCCCCUCCUGUUAGAAUGGGCCCUGGCACAGAGUCACAGAGACAGGACAGGCUACAGAAAAGUAAUGCAUAGAUGUCAAUGGGUGAACACAGGUUAGAUACCUGUUUUAGAUAUAAUGAUGAUUUCUACCUCAGGGAGCUCCAGGUAUCCAGGGUCUGACUGGACUGCUUGGCCCCGCGGGGCCCCCCGGACCACAGGGAACCACUGGACUGCCCGGGCCUAAGGGCCAACUGGUAAGAAAUGUGUUGUUUAAUUUUGACCACUCAUUUCAUUGAUUGGAUCAAGAAUGGUUGUCAGGUCCCUAGUUUUGUUACAAAGGGCAUAGAAACUACUGCUGGUUUCCAUGCUGCAGGUAAAAUGCUAUCAUAUGGCUACAUGUUCAUAACGGUGUCAAGAAAAGCUAGUUCUCAAACCUUAAGCUCGUACAUUGUCAGUAGACCUGAAAAACAAUGUCAUGUGAAACAUCUAUCCAUCAUCUUUUUCUCACAGGGUGAUUUGGGCAUUACCGGAUUCAAAGGAGAGGCUGGAUUCAAAGGAGAAUCUGUAAGAUAUACAACCUGUCAUAAUGAAUCUCACUAAUUCCAUGGUGUGAUAUUGUACAGUAGCAACCACAUGCAUUUGUUGAAAGGCAGGUCAUGCUGGCGCUGGUUUCUGUCUGAAUGGGGUGCAUGUGUAUCUGAGCCUUCCUCAAAAGUUCAGCAUGUUCAGUUCAUUUAUUUGGCCUUUGACAGAAAUGUCACUUGCAUUAUCGAGCAAUGAGUUAAAGACAACAUCAAGGGUAACAACAUUUUCCACUGGGCUCUUCCUUCAGUCCUGGGCUUUAAAGUGCUUGGUGCAUGUUGAGCAGUUGAUGCUCCUAGGGACAAAGUAAAUUAUCCACACCCAAAGUUGAGUGCAACAACAAUAUAUUCAUGGUGCUCUUAAAAGUCCAUUCAGUAAAAUAUAACAAACACUGAUGUAUGAUGUAGCAGCCAUCUUGUUUGAUUAUGAUAUCAUUGCAGGGUGCACCUGGUGAUCAUGGAGCGCUGGGUCCCAUGGGAGAGGAGGGGAAGAGGGGAGAACGGGGUGACUCCGGGGAUUCAGGCGCCGCUGGACCCAAUGGAGAGAGAGUAAAUCAGCUCUUUCACUCACUACAAGAACUUUGUCUGUCUGUCUUGUCUUUCUCUCGCUCUCUCUCACUCUCUCUCACUCUCGCUCUCUCUCUCUCUCGCGCGCGCGCGCUCUUUCUCGUGCGCUCUCUCUCUCUCUCGCUCUCUCUCUCUCUCUCUCUCUUUCUCUCUCUCGCUCUCUCUCUUUCCUCAGUGCAUUCAAUAACAGCAAAAUUAUUUGAUUAAAAUCAAAAUAAUUUAGCAAAUUUUGAUAAAAACCAAUUUGUAAUUUUCAGGGUGCUCCUGGCAAUAGAGGUUUUCCUGGUCAGGAUGGGUUACCUGGUCAAAAGGUAGGUUGAUUUCGAAUCCAUAGAAUAAGUCAGCCGGUGUAAGUCAUUGAAUAAUAAUAUUACGCCAUUCGAACGCCACACUCCAUUCUGUGACCAGGGUGCCCAAGGUGAGCGAGGCCUGGGUGGAUCAUCUGGUGCCAAAGGUGCCGAUGGUGAUCCAGGACGCACUGGGGAGCCAGGUCUUCCAGGGGCCCGGGUGAGAUAACACACCACUACCUCUCGUCAGCAUUCUCUAUGACAGAAGUAUAUUCCUUUGUGGUGAUCGUCAAACUUACGUUGAUACCAGAUGAAAAAGACAUGAGAAGUACAUAAACAAAACCGGCAAAGAAAAAAUAGUAAACGUUUGACAUUUCAUCACUGAGUUGAUUAAAAUCCUCCCGUUUCUUUCCUCAGGGUCUGUCAGGCCUUCUCGGCUCCCAGGGUCCCGAGGGACAGCAAGGACCAAUGGUGUGUGGACAUGAGUCAGGAAAUAUAUAUACACUCCCAUACCUAUUUAUUUGGACAGUGAUGUUAAAACUUUUAAUUUGGCUCUAUACACCAGCAUUUUGGAUUUGAGCUUAAAUGUUUUAUAUGAGGUGAUUUCAUACAUACCGGUAUCAGUUUUACCGUUUCGAAAUGAGUGCACUUUAUGUAUCUAGUACCCCAUUUGAAGGUGUCAUAAAUAUUUGGACAAAUUCACUUAUAGUGUAUUCAAUUGAGUCAAAAGUUUAGUAUUUGGACCCAUAUUCAUAGCACGCAAUGACUACAUCAUGUCACGAUCGAGGUAAGGAGUAGACCAAGGCGCAGCGUGAUGAACAAACAUACUUUAAUUAGUUAAAGUUUAAACAUGAAACAAAACAAGAAACGACUCGUGACGUCCAACGGUAUCAAUGACCGAACACGGAACAAAAACCCACAAACACAAAGGGAAAACAGACAGUUUAAAUAUGGCUCCCAAUCAGAGACAACCAGCCAACAGCUGACACUCGUUGCCUCUGAUUGGGAGUCACUCAGGCAAACAUAGAAUUAAACACAACAGAAUUACCAACAUAGAAAUACACACAUAGAAUGAACACACCCUGGCUCAACAUAAUGAGUCCCAGAGCCAGGGUGUGACAGUACCCCCCCCUAAAGGCGCGGACUGCGACCGCGCCUCAUCUAAACAAAACAGGGGAGGGCUGGGCGGGCAUACCUCCUCGGCGACGGUUCUGGCUCCGGCCUUGACCACCACCCUCCAAUACACCCCCCAUAGCGCCCCUGGUCCAGUCUGGCCCCGCCGGCUGGAGCCGAACUGGACUUAGCAGGAGCGGUUAGCUUCAGCUCCAUAGUGGAGCAGUUGACCAGUACCUUACCAGGCACCGGUGACCCAGGCACGGGUUGUGCUGGACUGACGACGCGCACCCCUGGCUUGGUGCGUGGAGGAGGAACGGGCCUUACCAGGCUGACGACGCGCACCCCUGGCUUGGUGCGUGGAGGAGGGACGGGCCUUACCAGGCUGACGACUCGCACCCCUGGCUUGGUGCGUGGAGGAGGGACGGGCCUUACCAGGCUGACGACUCGCACCCCUGGCUUGGUGCGAGUGGCAGGAACAGGCCGGGCCGGGCUGGCGACGCGCACCGUAGACUUGGUGCGAGUGGCAGGAAUACGGCCGGGCCGGGCUGGCGACGCGCAUCGUAUACUUGGUGCGAGUGGCAGGAACAGGCCGGGCCGGGCUGGCGACGCGCACCGUAUACUUGGUGCGAGUGGCAGGAACAGGCCGGGCCGGGCUGGCGACGCGCACCGUAGACUUGGUGCGAGUGGCAGGAACAGGCCGGGCCGGGCUGGCGACGCGCACCGUAGACUUGGUGCGAGUGGCAGGAACAGGCCGGGCUGGCGACGCGCACUGUAUACUUGGUGCGAGUGGCAGGAACAGGCCGGGCCGGGCUGGCGACGCGCACCGUAGACUUGGUGCGUGGAGCAGGGACAGGCCGGACUGGGCUGGCGACGCGCACCGUAGACUUGGUGCGAGUGGCAGGAACAGGCCGGGCCGGGCUGGCGACGCGCACCGUAUACUUGGUGCGAGUGGCAGGAACAGGCCGGGCUGGCGACGCGCACCGUAGACUUGGUGCGUGGAGCAGGGACAGGCCGGACUGGGCUGGCGACGCACACCGUAGGCUUGGUGCGUGGAGCAGGGACAGGCCGGACCGGGCUGGCGACGCACACCGUAGGCUUGGUGCGUGGAGCAGGGACAGGCCGGACCGGGCUGGCGACGCACACCGUAGGCUUGGUGCGUGGAGCAGGGACAGGCCGGGCCGGGCUGUCGACGCACACCGUAGGCUUGGUGCGUGGAGCAGGGACUGGCCGGACUGGGCUGGCGACGCACACCGUAGGCUUGGUGCGUGGAGCAGGGACAGGCCAAACCGGGCUGUGGAGACGGAUAGGAGCCCUGGAGUGAAGAGCGGCCACAACCCGUCCUGGCUGAAUGCCUACCCUCACACACUCUGUGUGAGGCAUCCGCACAGGACGUACAGGGCGGUGUAUCCGUAACCUGGUGGCCUCCAGAAUCCGCCCCUCUUUUGCCUCCGUCAGCCCCGUCGUCCAUGCCGUGUGCCCCCCCCUAAAAAAUGUCUGGGGUUGCCUCUCGACCGCCCGACGACGACCCUGAUCACGCCGUUGCUCCUCUCUACGGCGCGCCUCCACCGUCUCUUCUCCCGGCGCUUCCUCCCAUGUCCAGCCCAAGAGCUGCCCCUGGACACGCUGCUUGGUCAUUGCAUGGUGGGUUUUUCUGUCACGAUCGAGGUAAGGAGUAGACCAAGGCGCAGCGUGAUGAACAAACAUACUUUAAUUAGUUAAAGUUUAAACAUGAAACAAAACAAGAAACGACUCGUGACGUCCAACGGUAUCAAUGACCGAACACGGAACAAAAACCCACAAACACAAAGGGAAAACAGACAGUUUAAAUAUGGCUCCCAAUCAGAGACAACCAGCCAACAGCUGACACUCGUUGCCUCUGAUUGGGAGUCACUCAGGCAAACAUAGAAUUAAACACAACAGAAUUACCAACAUAGAAAUACACACAUAGAAUGAACACACCCUGGCUCAACAUAAUGAGUCCCAGAGCCAGGGUGUGACACAUCAAGCUUGUGACUCUACAAACUUGUUGGAAGCAUUUGCAGUUUGUUUUGGUUGUGUUUCAGAUUAUGUUGUGCCCAAUAGAAAUUAAUGGUAAAUAAGGUAUUGUCUAAUUCUGGAGUCACUUUUAUUGUAAAUAAGAAUAAAAUAUGUUUCUGAACACUUCUACAUUAAUGUGGAUGUUACCAUGACUACGGAUAAUCAUGAAUGAAUCAUGAAUAAUGAUGAGUAAGAAAGUUACAGAAAAUCACGCCCCCAAAACAUGCUAAACCUCUCACCAUUACAAUAGGUUAGCAUUGUGGGGGGUUAUGAUAUUUGUGUGUCUGUAAAUUUCUAUUCAUGAUUCAUUCAUGAUUAUUCGUAAUCAUGGUAACAUCCACGUUAAUGUAGAAGUGUUCAGAAACAUAUUAAAUACGCAGGGGGUGUCACGAUCGCCAAUAAAGUAGGACCAAAGCGCAGCGUUGGGAGUGAACAUGAUGACUUUAAUGUUUGAAAACGACAAAACAAAUCACGAUCCGUAACGUCCUCAGUACACCGACUGAACAUAGAACAAAAACCCACAACUAACACAAGAAAACCUACAUCUUAAAUAUGGCUCCCAAUCAGAGAUAACGAGCCGACAGCUGACACUCGUUACCUCCGAUUGGGAGUCAUUGAAUACAAACAAGGAAACACAACCACAACCUAGAAAUAGACACAACAGAACUCCCCACCUAGAAAUAAACGUGCCAGACAUGCAACCAUAAAACAUCACCCAAAACCCAACAAAACAACAUACACCCUGGCUCAAAUACACAAGUCCUGGAGCCAGAGUGUGACAGGGGGGUGUAUAAUACAUGGUGUUAUCUAUAGACAGGCCACAAGUGAACCUACCUCUGUUUCUCUCUCUCUCUCUCUCUCUCUCUCUCUCCCCCCCCCCCCCCCCCCCCCCCCCCCCCCCCCCCCCCCCCCCCCCCCCCCCAUCUCUCUCUCUCUCUCCCUUCCCUCUCUCUCUCAGGGAGGAGGAGGAGAGGAUGGGGGAUCAGGGCCAGCAGGAUCAGAUGGUUCCAGAGGUCCAGCUGGAACCAUGGGUGUAGUUGGACCAAAAGGCUUUACUGUGAGUAACCAGCACUUUAUGGUGAUUGUGUGUGUGUGUUCCUUUCCACAAUAUACAGUAGAAUCAGCUCCAUUAAACCCAUCACUUUUAGAAUGAUGAGUGAAAUACUGUAGCUGUUCAAUGCAUCUACCAUGGACCAUACAAUGUCAGGAGAGACACUUGAAUGCCACUUAUGUGAUAUAAGAAGGGGGAAACAUUGACAUGUUAUUGAUUGUUGAUCAUUGUUAAUUUGUCCUCACAGGGAGACCCUGGUAAGACAGGAGAAGUGGGGACCCCAGGUGUUGCAGGACAGAGGGUCAGUACAAUACACUCAUCAGGGGUUCAAAUACGAUUUUGUAGGUGGCGGAACUGCCUCAAACUGGUCCAUUUCAUAAUAGAAACUGGGUGGUUCGAGCCCUGAAUGCUGAUUGUAUACCACGGGUAUGACAAAACAUUUAUUUUUACUGCUCUAAUUAUGUUGGUAACCAGUUUAUAAUAGCAAUAAGGCACCUUGGGGUUUGUGGUAUAUGGCCAAUAUACCACGGCUAAGGGCUGUAUCCAGGCACUCCACCUUGCGUCGUGCUUAAGCACAGCCCUUAGCUGUGGUAUAUUGGCCUUAUUGCUUAAAUAAAUCAUUUUCAGUUUCCAUUCUAUGCUCUUUCCCAUUGUAAACUGGUAGAAAUCUACUGUAGUACCUCACUGUCCACACUGACCUCUGAGGACUUUCUCUUACAGGGGGCUAAUGGGAAAGCUGGAGAGAUGGGUGCUGGUGGUACUGCUGGUCCAGCAGUAAGUAUCUGAUUAAUAUGUUUCAAUUGAACGAUACAUACCAACACAGUUUAAACAUUAAAUACUGUAUGGGGUUAUGGCAAGCGUAAGCCGUUGCUGGUUUUCCCAUCCAUGCUUGACUUUUUUUUAGGGAGUUGCGGGGAAGAGAGGAGAGCAAGGACCUCCUGGUAUGAAUGGCUUCCAGGUAUGCUGUUUCACUUGGUAUUUAUUGACCUUGUAUUUACUAGAAUAGAGACGAGUCAUAGUACUAAACAAUAAAGGGUAAAUGAGAACUAUAAUGGUGUGAUGUAUUUCAGGGUCUACCUGGAUCUGCUGGUCCCCCUGGAGAGUCUGGGAAACCAGGUGUUGAGGUACGGUAUGACAUCACGCCCCACUGUGACAGACAACAGCCUCUAUUUACAGUUGAUUUAUUUACAGCUUAUUUAUGUUACAUUUCAACAAUAGAUUAUUUCUAUAGAUAAUGAACUGAAUUUUGUUAUAUUGAUAGACACAUUUUAGUAGACGCUCUUAUCCAAAGCGACUUACAGUAGUGAGUGCAUACAUUUUCAUACUAGUCCCCCGUGGGAAUCGAACCCACAACCCUGGCGUUGCAACCGCCAUGCUCUACCAACUGAGCUACAUGACUGGGUAUGUGUGCCUUUGCCUGCAAUGGACAAACAAAGGAACACAUAUUAACCAAUCAUGCGUCUGCCAGCAUAAGGAAACACAUUCCGUUCAUUAUCUACAGUAAGAAUCUAGAGAUGUAACAUGUUUUCCAUUGUUUUUGAGUUGAGCUAUAGCUAUACAAUGCUACUAUCAGGUUCAUCAACGUUUCACUGUUAUUUAAUGCUGCAUUUACACAAGAAGCCCAAUUCUGAUCUUUUACCUUAUUAUUGACAGCAGGUUGGCAUUUAUUGGGAUGACUAAUGUUCUGGAGGCAGCUCUGCACGGUAGUCACUAGCUGGCACAGCCACAAAGUCAUAAAAUAUUAUUUUAAACCUAACCUUAACCACAAUGCUAACCCUUUGCCUAAACCUAACCUUAAAUUAAGACCAUAUUUUUGUUUUCAUGAAUUUUUACGAUAUUGACAAUUUUGACUUUCGAUCUGGCCCUUAAACGUCAACCUGCUUAUUGGCAAAAUAGCUGAUCUGGUUGGUCAAAAGAUCAAUUAGUGAAAAAAGAUCAGAAUUAGGCUUCCUGCGUAAACAAGUUCAAGUUUAUUUGUGGUAUGCACACGAUACACAUGGUAUACACAGUCCAACGAAAUGCUUACUUGCAGGUUCCCUCUCGACAAUCAGACAACAAUAAGAAAUAGUCAAAGAUAAGAAUACGAACAUAACAAGGAAAUUAGCUCAGUAGAAUAGAAUAAAUGUAGCAUAAGUAUAAAUACAGGAAGUGUGUCAGGGAAGGGGAUUGGAGAGCAAGGAAGGGGGAGGACGGGAUUGAAACAGCCUGUCUGUUGUGUUGAUUGAAUGUUUUUGGUUUUGUCAUUCCCAGGGUAUCGCUGGAGAGGGAGGGGCUGCUGGUUUCACAGGGCCAAGGGUAAGCCAUUUUAAUAGCUGCUUUAUCUAUUCACUUGAUGCCCAUUUGAAUACAACCCGCAAUUGUCACGCCUCCUCCCGUCGCUCCCCUCCGGCGCUCUGAUUCGCCGGUCUACUGAGCCACCGGUCUGAGCGCACCACCUCGGCAACACUGGAAUGGAAACCCAACGCACCCUAAUCACCUCCAGCGCACCUGCACCUCAUCAUCUCAUCACCACCCCUAUUUAGCCCUGGACUGUUCUGGAUGAUGUUGUGUGUGAUUGUUUAGCUUCGUGUCGUUUACUCUAUUCUUUGUUAUUUCUCUUGCGCAUUGUUUAGGUAAACCUUGACCUUGUUAAUUCCUGCGUCUGCGUCCUGCCUCUUCGUAUACUCAGUACUCUUCACAGCAAUAGGGGGAAAGUAACCCUGCCCCUCUGCAGAGAAAAUGUAUCUUCCAACUGAAAUCAAAAUCAUAUUUCUAAUUUUUCAAUACAGAAAUACAAUUACCUAAUACAUAAUGGAAACCUAUUGUGUGGCAAAAUGUAGUUUUUUUUCCAAUGCAGUUUUGUUUCGUUCAGUCCUAUUCUUCACUAGUAAAAUAAGGUUUAUAACUAGGGCACUGUGUUUUUGUUAAUCAUGUCACAUGACCUAGAUUUUAAUCUUUAUAUAAAGCUUUUUCAUCAAACUGUCCCAUUUUUUUUAUGUCAGCACCAUCCUCUGACAAUUGCUUUCAUUUUUGGUCUAAUUCUCAUUUCUGGAAAAGGCUUCAAAUCCAGGUCAUGUGACAUGAUAACCAAAACGCGAGGCCCUGUUUAUAACAUACAGCUGUAAAGAAGUUGUUGGUAGCUGACCAGUGGGUGAUUGUAUGAUUGUAUCGUAGGGUGAGCGUGGCACCCCAGGAGAGAGAGGUGAAGUGGGAACUAACGGACUACUGGGGCCUAAAGGUAUUUCAGGGGGACCAGGACCAGAGGGACCAAAGGUAAGUACUACAUCACAAAGGUUAACUUUAAAAUGUGUAUGUAUUUAUUUAUUCAUUCAUUCAUUUAACCAGGUUGUCAAAAGAUAUAUCUUUCACGAGGGAGGCCUAAUGCAGAUUAACAAUGUAAUGAUAACCUCAAAUAUCCAUGGUAUUUCCCACAAACAUAUGAUAUGAGAGUUGUUUUUGUGUGUGUUCUUCCCCCCCCAGGGUGGGUCUGGGACUAAAGGAACAGUUGGGGACAUAGGAGCCUUAGGCCUGCAGGGGAUGCCAGGGGAGAGGGGUAUACCUGGUUCUCCUGGUCCUAAAGGAGAUGUGGUAAGUAUCUGUGUUGGAGGGGAAAAUAUCAACCAGAACUUGGUUAAAUCCACAAAGUAACUCCAGAGUCCAAGACACUAGAAGAAACUGCAAGUUGUAACCCUUCAGAGUGUUGUAUUCCAUACUAUAGCUGGGUGGGUGAGAGUUCAUUCUGCAGUCCUGUUCUGCUGACCCCUCUUCUCUCCUCAGGGUUCAGUUGGUGAGAAAGGAGCUGAGGGUACUGCUGGAAACGACGGGCCCAGGGUGAGAGUCACCUUACACAUACAUAUCUACACAUAUCUUUAUGAGUCACCUAAAUGGAUUACAUCAAUGGAUUUAAGCCAAAAUAACAUCUUAAAAUGUCACUCACUCACAACAACAUUUUGUUACAUUAAAGAUGAAUGAUAUAAUGUCCAAAUGUAGUGACGUCAUCAUAACCAAUUUUACGCCCUGGGUUGAGUGUAGGCAGCUUUUGAUGCACACUAGUUUCAUUGGUUUCACAACCAUAGUAAGUUGUUCACAGCAAGUUGUCAUAUAUUUGAAGUCCUGUUUGUUUUUCAUUUGAAGGGACUUCCUGGUCCAGUUGGACCAACAGGAGGCAUUGGGCUCAAUGGUAAUAAGGUAAAGCGAUCAUCGCUCAAAUUUAUUCAUAAAGCCCUUUUUACAUCAUCACUUGUCACAAACUGCUUUUAUAGUAACCCGGCCUAGACCCCAAAGGAGCAUCCACUAUACACUCAACAACAGCACUUAGACAGACAGACUAGUUGAACAUACACUGUAGCUGAGAACACUUAUCCAUAUUAAGGCCUCAGUGCAUACCACAGAUACCCAGACAAUAUAUUAUAUUUGUUUGUUUUAGGGAGAGGCCGGCCCUAAAGGGCCCCCUGGACGUCGAGGAGCGAGAGCAGUCACCGUAAGUACUGUGAUUAGUUUUGUAAAAAUUAUUGACGCACGAGAAAUACUGUAAAUUGUCUUGUGUACAAUUGUCCCACAGUAAAAAAAGACAAUUGCAACAUACUGUUAAUAGUUCUCAUAUACCUCUGUAUUGACCUCUGACCCUCCAUAUGUUUUAGGGGGCUUCUGGAGAGCCUGGUCCAAUCGGUGCAGUAGGAUUCCCUGGGCCUCCUGUGAGUGGCUUUCAAACAAUGUUAAAGGGCCUGUCAUGCCAAAUAGUAUCCGCUAUGACAGGCCCCGCCCUGUUGUAUGGUGUCCCUUGAUGUUGUGCUAAUUUGUCAACCUUGGCUUGGUGUUGUUACAGGCGUUGUCUGAACAGAUUAUGCUGCAAACAUCCUCCUGUAUAAUGUAGAAUUAACCUUUCAGUUCUGAGCGAAAAUGUCGUCUUGAGGCUAAUGGGCCGAAUCCGAAUCCUAACUUUGAUGUCAUUGGGAAACUUCUGUGAACAUUUCAGUAAUGGUCAAAGUUAAUAACCAUUUCCAUAUAACCACAUAGUAACCGUAUCCAUGGUGAGGCUUGGAAGUCGUUUUGCAUGGUGAUUCAUUUGCCCAGUAAUCGUGGUUAUUAUGUCCGACUCUUCGCAGGGUCCCGAUGGGCAACCCGGGGUCAAAGGUGAACCAGGAGAGGGGGGUCAGAAGGGUGAGGCUGGAGCACAGGGACCCCAAGGAACAGCUGGUAAACUUGGUUCACAGGGUCCUGUUGGUGUGACUGGACUAAAGGGGGCCAGAGGAACACAGGGGGCCGCGGUGAGUGAGUCGUACUGAGGGUUACGUAUAACGGUUGGAGCACUUUACCAUGGUAUUUACUGUAGAAAUAGACCUGGUCAUGGUUACUCAGCACAGAGUAUGAAUGCUUUCCUAGGGAAUUCACUGAAUUUGUAGUAUGUUGAUAUUUUCUGAUAAGAAUUUCCUCUGUCAUUUUCAGGGUGGGUCUGGUUUCCCAGGUUUCCCAGGGGGAGUUGGUCCAGCUGGCUCCGCUGUGAGUUAAUCCAACUAUCAACCAAUCAAAUCAAUUUAUACCUAUGAGAUCACCAAUAAAUGAUUUCAUAAAUCAUAGAACAAUAUAGUAAAAUAUGUUAUUUUAUUCACGUUGUCUCUCCACUCUUCCAGGGUGCGGUAGGGGCGCCUGGAGACAUUGGUACCCCAGGGAAGGCAGGUACUCCUGGACUUAGAGGUGAGAAUGGAGGCCCUGGGCGUGUAGGAGAGAGAGGGGCCCCGGGCCCAGCUGGUGCCCCGGGAGACAAGGGAGAGCCUGGAGAAGAUGGACCAGGGGUAAAUAUGAGAGAGUUACAGAAGUAAUCGUUUUACCUUUAUUGCUUCAUCUUUUGUUUACAUCUAAAGUGGUUUACAGAGCGAGACGUCUCUGCCAUCCUCCAUUACUCUAUACUUAUUUUGCUAUAUAGCAAAUAUCUGAAGUUACCAUUGGCCAAUGGGAUGGAUCCACCUGUUAAAAGGUCUUUGUUUCUGACAGGGCCCUGAUGGGCCGGCGGGACCACCAGGCAUCUCAGGACAGAGAGGUGUUGUGGGCAUACCUGGAGUCAGAGGAGAGAGCGGGAUGGUUGGGCUCCCCGGUACUGCUGUACGUAUGAGGCCUAGUCGAUGGAACUCAAGUUCACAUUCACCAUUCAUUUCUAUAGCCUUGAGAGCAGUAUCAUUCUACACAGAGCAGAGUGUUUUGAGUCCCAAUCGAAGACUAUACAGUACACGCAUAUACAAUUUCCAUUUGUGUCCUGACCAGUGAUCUCACACUUAUUUUCCCAGGGUGCACCCGGAAAAUCAGGUGCCCCCGGAACUCGGGGAGACAAAGGUGCUGUCGGUGCAGUCGGGUUAGCAGGGGCAACUGGACCGAGAGGAGACCCUGGUCUUGAGGUAUAUCAUUUAACUUCAUUGACCCAUGACUGUUCUUUCUGUGGGUUCAGUGAACCCAUUUCCAUUAAAACCAACUGUGGAUUAAAACUCACAUACACACCUUUCAUUCAUGUGGGAACUAUAAUAGUUCACCUGAAAAGCAGGUCUUUACUGUAACAGAAGGAUACUGUACUAUACAGCACAGGUAAACUUAAUGCAGCAAUCUGUCUUUACAGGGUAAUGCUGGGUCUGAUGGGGUACCUGGCAAGGAUGGACUUAUAGGAGCCAGGGUAAGAUACAACCACAGAUGGACAAGAAACUUUAUGGAAAUGUAUGAUCAAACUAUUUCACCAGAUAAUGUCUGUCUGUCUGUAGGGAGAUAGAGGGAAUCCUGGUGCUGAGGGUCUUGCUGGAACUCCGGGGCUUCAUGGCUCUGUUGGUCCAGUCGGCACCUCUGGUGUCCCUGGAAAGAGAGGAGACAAUGUGAGUAACCUGGACAUUGCCACAAUGCCAUUGCAAAGUGAAUUGCCACACCAACAUUCAGAGCCUUCUAACCCUGAGACAUGACUGUAGACUCUUAUGGAGUUAGAGCUCAUAGGAGUCUACAGUGUUUGAGGUCAAAUCCAGUACAAAAAUAUAUGCACUCACUACUGUAAGUCUCUCUGGAUAAGAGCUUCUGCUAAAUGGCUAAAAUGUAAUGUUUCAGGGUUAAGGGCUGUCAUGCUCUGAGUAGAUGUGGCAAAGUUGGUAGUAGGAACCUAAUUUCAGGUUGCUUCCCUUGACAUUGGUUUUGUGUUUUUCAACACUAGGGUUCCAGAGGGCCUCCAGGACCCCAGGGAGAAUCGGGGAUCCGGGGGAAGCUGGUAAGAACACCUCUAUUACAUUUCCUACGAAGUAGAGUAAACUACUAGUGGUAGUAGUUUGCUUUUUGAUUACUGAAGUACAUAUAAAUUAGUGAUGAGCACUGAUAUGGAAAAUCUCCGUUAACUUUUUUUUACGGAACCAAUAUCGGUAUCAAAACAAUUUGAAUGAAUAACAUUGAAACAGUUGAAUAACAUUGCACUUCCAUGGCUUUGUAAAGUUCAGACAGCUACUUGCUGAUUGCCCAUUGGGCCAGGUGUGUAUGCUCUGUGGGCCUGACAUACCCAACCAGUUUGAAUACAAUGGGAAGCCCGUUCCAAGUUUUAAUGUCACAUGGAAAUGUCUUUCUUGCUAACUCAAAACCCAACAAUGCAAUAAUCAAUAACAAUGUAUUACUAGAAAAAACACACAAGGAAUAAGAAAUAUGAAAUACACUAUAAAGUAAGUAAGCAUACUAUAUACAGGAAAUAUUUAAAAGGUCAGUUCCAAUACCAUAUUUACAUGUGCAGGGAUACUGGAGUGAGGACGGUAGUAGAUAUAUAUAGGUUAUUAGACAAAAGGAUAUAAAUUCAACAGAGUAGCAGCAGCUUGUAUGUGAGUGGGUGUGUAGUGUGGCAGCAGAGAAAAUAAUCUAUGGCUUGGGUGGUUGGAGUCUUUGACGGUGUGAUGGCCCAUCAGCAGACAGGGAAGUUAACUAAAUUGAGAGCCUGUGAGAGGUUUCUUGUGUCUGCAGGAACAGUCUUCUAUGCUCUUUUACAUAAUAAUACUAGAUUAACAGCAAGGAUAAACCGCUAUCACGAUAUGCCUUGCUCAUAUUGAUAUCGAACUAUAUCGAUAGCAUAUUGAAUUAUCGAUAUUGGUGCCCACCACUAAGAUGAACCUAUGCUACUGAAACAGUAACCUGUAUCUAUUGACAUAGACCAGUAAGCCCACAUUGCAUUCGUCUCAAAUGAAUGUUAUGGAGAAGUUAGAUAUUCAUCUGGAUAAAUCUGCUCACAGUAAUUUACAGCAAAUGUUAAUGUAUUUUUUUUUAAUCCUAGGGGCCUCAAGGGCCACAGGGAGACAGGGGAGCCAAAGGAGACCAAGGAGAAAGGGGGCAGAAAGGACACAGAGGCUUCACUGGAUUGCAAGGCUUACCUGGGACAACAGUAAGGGAAAAAACGGCCCAAACGCUAUUAAAAGGCAUAAUCUGUCAUUUAAUUUAUGGAAAAUCGUAUUAACCUGGCAAAAUCAAUGAUAUGAUGCUAUGAUUAUUAAUUAUUGUCAGCCAAUAACAGGCUAAUUUAAUGGGCUUCUGUUUGUAGGGACAAUCUGGGAAUGUUGGAGCUCGAGGAAUUGUAGGACCUACUGGACAGAGAGUAGGUGCACUGAAUAAGCUGUUAAUGCCUCAGUAUAAUGGUCCAUUUGUGUGUACUGUUUGUUUCCCUUCAUAAACCCCAUUGUGUUUCUCAUCAGGGCCCCCCUGGUGUAGUUGGCCCCGCAGGAGGUGAUGGACAAAUCGGGCUGACCGGGCCCAUGGGCUCCCCUGGAUCAAGAGGAAUAAGUGGAGACAUCGGACCUCAGGUGAGACGUUAGAGACUAUUAACCAGUGGUUCUGUUGUCAUUCUGCUGGUUGGAUCCGCUAUGACUUUCAAAUGGAUAUCAGAACAAACCAGGCUUUGGAUGUUGAUAAGUUGAAUUGCUUGUCUGUAAUGCAAAUAAGUCAUAAGUGACACAUUCACAGUGUUUCUAAUGUAAAAGAAGCCAACAAGCAGACAUGGCAUAUCAAAAGGACAGUAACAUACCUGUUUUCUUGACUUCUCGCCUCUUUCCCAGGGGCCUCCUGGAGAUGAUGGUCCACCCGGUCCCCCAGGGACCCCUGGCCCUCCCACUGCUGGGGCUGAUAUGUUCAGCCUUGGCAGCUCCUUUGACUACGACUACGGCGAGGACCAGGAUGGACCACCUCCACCCCCAGAGUUUAACGGGGAUGAAUCAGCCCCCCCUCAACCCCUCUCCAGAGUCCAACUGGGACGACUCCGGCCCCCAUCCCCCUCCAGAGUUCAACGAGGAUGAGGCGCGUCCCAAUAAGGCCUCAACCGUCCUCAGGGCAGACCAGGGCAUCCAGACCACGCUGAAGAGCCUCAGUGGAAACCUGCAGAACAUGAAGUGCCCCGACGGCAGCCAGGCCAACCCCGCCAAAACCUGCCAGGACAUCAAGCAGUGCCACGCCCUUAAAAAGACCGGUGGGUCCACUAUUCACCAACGACUGUGUGUUGUUUUUUUUCUUGUUUUUUAGUUGCUUUUUGUCUUGCCUAUUCUUUAUUCAAGCUUUUGAUUUGCUGCGAUGUGGAAACGUUUUAGUUCACGGCCAAGUGUUGAGUUUCCUGCUCUUCCCCUUCAGCAUAGAACUGUGUGUUAGUUUGGGUGUUAUAGAUGAAUGAAUGGAUGGAUACACUUGAUUUGUGAUCUUAACUUUAUUGACAAGUGGGGUCAGUGUGUCUAGUAGUCUAGUAGAUGAUGAGGUAGCUGAAGAGAUACUAAGCUGAUGUGUAUCUAUGUUCUGAUACUUGGUCUUUCCAUGUCCAGGAGACUACUGGCUGGACCCCAACCAGGGAAGUACCAAGGAUGUUAUCAAGGUGUUCUGCAACAUGGAGACUGGUGAGACCUGCAUCUCAGCCCACCCUGUCUCAGCCAGCAUCCCUCGCAAAACAUGGUGGACCAAAUCUACUCCCACUGCCAGCAAACCUGUCUGGUUUGGAGCAAACAUGAAUGGAGGAACUAAAGUGAGUAUAUAAAAUAUACCCAAUGUCUAUUCAAUGAACGCAAGUAGUAUAUAGAUGAUAGCUUUACAUUGUGGAAACCUCUAAAGCGGCCAACUGCUUCUAUGAAUACACUAGCUACCAUACUGUAUAAUACAUUCACCACAAUACUGCUUUAAAAACAUACAUCCUCUGCUGCCUUGAUUAUAUAGCAAUGGAAUACCUGGAGCUGUUUGUGAAAAACCGUUACACCUCCAGGUGUAUUUUUCUAACAUUUAUGUAAAAACUGAAAUGUUGAUGAAUGUAUACUAGUGUCCCUGUUAAAUACUUUUGUUCAAUAAACAUUUGAUUCCAGUUUAGCUACGGCAACAAGGAGGAGUUGCCCAACGCCGUAACCAUUCAGAUUAGGCUAAUCCGCCUGCUGUCUAAGGAGGGUGUCCAGAAUGUCACCUACCACUGCAGGAACAGCGUGGCCGUGAAUGACGGAGCCACAGGCAACAUGAAGAAGGCUCUGGUCCUCAAGGGCUCCAACGGACAGGAGGUCAAGGCUCAGGGCAACGCCCGCCUCAGAUACACUGUCCUGGAGGACGGCUGCUCCGUAAGUCACCUAACUACCAGCCUACCUACCUAUACUUACCUAUACCUACUUCUACCUACAGUAUACCUACCUACCUACCUACCUACCUGCCUAUACCUACAGUAUACCUACUAUACCUGCCUACCUACCUACCUAUACCUACUUCUACCUACAGUAUACCUUGCGAAGGUUUUCACCCCCCUUGGCAUUUUUCCUAUUUUGUUGCCUUACAACCUGGAAUUAAAAUAGAUUUUUGGGGGGUUUGUAUCAUUUGAUUUACACAACAUGCCUACCACUUUGAAGAUGCAAAAUAUUUUUUAUUGUGAAACCAACAAGAAAUAAGACAAAAAAAAACAGAAAGCUUGAGCGUGCAUAAUUAUUCACCGACCCAAAGUCAAUACAUCGUAGAGCCACCUUUUGCAGCAAUUACAGCUGCAAGUAUCUUGGGGUAUGUCUCUAUAAGCUUGGCACAUCUAGCCACUGGGAUUUUUGCCCAUUCUUCAAGGCAAAACUGCUCCAGCUCCUUCAAGUUGGAUGGGUUCCGCUGGUGUACAGCAAUCUUUAAGUCAUACCACAGAUUCGCAAUUGGAUUGAGGUCUGGGCUUUGACUAGGCCAUUCCAAGACAUUUAAAUGUUUCCCCUUAAACCACUCGAGUGUUGCUUUAUCAGUAUGCUUAGGGUCAUUGUCCUGCUGAAAGGUGAACCUCCGUCCCAGUCUCAAAUCUCUGGAAGACUGAAACAGAUUUCCCUCAAGAAUUUCCCUGUAUUUAGUGCCAUCCAUCAUUCCUUAAAUUCUGACCAGUUUCUCAGUCCCUGCCUAUGAAAAACAUCCCCACAGCUGAUGCUGCCACCACCAUGCUUCACUGUGGGGAUGGUGUUCUCGGGGUGAUGAGAGGCGUUGGGUUUGCACCAGACAUAGCGUUUUCCUUGAAUGCAACUCUGCCUAGAAGGUCAUCAUCCCAGAGUCGCCUCUUCGCUGUUGACGUUGAGACUGGUGUUUUGCGGGUACUAUUUAAUGAAGCUGCCAUUUGAGGACCCGUGAGGCGUCUGUUUCUCUAGACACUCUAAUGUAUUUGUCCUCUUGCUCAAUUGUGCACCGGGGCCUCCCACUCCUCUUUCUAUUCUGGUUAGAGCCAGAAGUUUUCAGCUGUGCUAACAUAAUUGCAAAAUGGUUUUCUAAUGAUCAAUUAGCCUUUUAAAAUGAUAAACUUGGAUUAGCAAACACAACCUGCCAUUGGAACACAGGACUGAUGGUUGCUGAUAAUGGGCUUCUGUACACCUAUGUAGCUAUUCUAUAAAAAAAUCAGCCGUUUCCAGCUACAAUAGCCAUUUACAACAUUAACAAUGUCUACACUGUAUUUCAGAUCAAUUUGAUGUUAUUUUAAUGGACAAAAAAUGUGCUUUUCUUUCGAAAAACAAGGACAUUUCUAAGUGACCCCAAACAUUUGAAUGGUUAUAUAUACAGUGGGGAGAACAAGUAUUUGAUACACUGCCGAUUUUGCAGGUUUUCCUACUUACAAAGCAUGUAGACGUCUGUAAUUUUUAUCAUAGGUACACUUCAACUGUGAGAGACGGAAUCUAAAACAAAAAUCCAGAAAAUCACAUUGUAUGAUUUUUAAGGAAUUAAUUUGCAUUUUAUUGCAUGACAUAAGUAUUUGAUCACCUACCAACCAGUAAGAAUUCCGGCUCUCACAGACCUGUUCGUUUUUCUUUAAGAAGCCCUCCUGUUCUCCACUCAUUACCUGUAUUAACUGCACCUGUUUGAACUCGUUACCUGUAUAAAAGACACCUGUCCACACACUCAAUCAAACAGACUCCAACCUCUCCACAAUGGCCAAGACCAGAGAGCUGUGUAAGGACAUCAGGGAUAAAAUUGUAGACCUGCACAAGGCUGGGAUGGGCUACAGGACAAUAGGCAAGCAGCUUGGUGAGAAGGCAACAACUGUUGGCGCAAUUAUUAGAAAAUGUAAGAAGUUCAAGAUGACGGUCAAUCACCCUCGGUCUGGGGCUCCAUGCAAGAUCUCACCUCGUGGGGCAUCAAUGAUCAUGAGGAAGGUGAGGGAUCAGCCCAGAACUACACGGCAGGACCUGGUCAAUGACCUGAAGAGAGCUGGGACCACAGUCUCAAAGAAAACCAUUAGUAACACACUACGCCGUCAUGGAUUAAAAUCCUGCAGCGCACGCAAGGUCCCCCUGCUCAAGCCAGCGCAUGUCCUGGCCCGUCUGAAGUUUGCCAAUGACCAUCUGGAUGAUCCAGAGGAGGAAUGGGAGAAGGUCAUGUGGUCUGAUGAGACAAAAAUAGCUUUUUGGUCUAAACUCCACUCGCCGUGUUUGGAGGAAGAAGAAGGAUGAGUACAACCCCAAGAACACCAUCCCAACCGUGAAGCAUGGAGGUGGAAACAUCAUUCUUUGGGGAUGCUUUUCUGCAAAGGGGACAGGACGACUGCACCGUAUUGAGGGGAGGAUGGAUGGGGCCAUGUAUCGCGAGAUGUUGAGUAAGAGCAUUGAAGAUGGGUCGUGGCUGGGCCUUCCAGCAUGACAACGACCCGAAACACACAGCCAGGGCAACUAAGGAGUGGCUCCGUAAGAAGCAUCUCAAGGUCCUGGAGUGGCCUAGCCAGUCUCCAGACCUGAACCCAAUAGAAAAUCUUUGGAGGGAGCUGAAAGUCCGUAUUGCCCAGCGACAGGUCUGUAUGGAGGAGUGGGCCAAAAUCCCUGCUGCAGUGUGUGCAAUCCUGGUCAAGACCUACAGGAAACGUAUGAUCUCUGUAAUUGCAAACAAAGGUUUCUGUACCAAAUAUUAAGUUCUGCUUCUCUGAUGUAUCAAAUACUUAAGUCAUGCAAUAAAAUGCAAAUUAAUUACUUUAAAAUUAUACAAUGUGAUUUUCUGGAUAUUUGUUUUAGAUUCCAUCUCUCACAGUUGAAGUGUAACUAUGAUAAAAAUUACAGACCUCUACAUGCUUUGUAAGUAGGAAAACCUGCAAAAUCGGCAGUGUAUUGUAGUGUAUCUUGUCGCUUCUGGUGCUCAUUGCUGUCAAACAAAGGAGUCCGCUCAUACUGAACCUUUGAUCAUAAGUUUUAUUCAUAUCACAAGAUUUCAGCAUAAGUGACGGAUGUCAUGACACCCGGAGAACGGCGUCCCAGAUUGCAAUGGCCGCUCUAACCUCUUGUCGUUUUUACCCAGUAUAUAUAAUCUUCCCAAGAUAGGGGUGGCUCCCUCUACUGUCCAAUCCCCUGUCUACAACACACAGACUUCUCUGUCCUAUCCGGGGUGUCACAUUAAAACCAUUCCCUCUGACACUAAAAUAAACCUCCUUUCAGUUCCACUUAAAAACAUUAACAAAGACAUAAUCCUAAUACACUACAGUAUCAAAUACUUGUUCUCCCCACUGUGUGUGUGUGUGUGUAUAUGUAUAGAUAGAUAGAUAUGGCCAAAGGUAUGUGGACACCUGAACAUCUCAUUCCAAAAUCUAAUAUGUUGGGCGCUGAUGUUGGGCGAUUAGGCCUGGCUCGCAGUCAAUGUUCUAAUUCAUCCCAAAGGUGUUAGAUGGGGUUGAGGUCAGGGCUCUGUGCAGGCCAGUCAAGUUGUUCCACACCGAUCUCGACAAACCAUUUCUGUAUGGACCUCGCUUUGUGCACGGGUGCAUUGUCAUGCUGAAACAGGAAAGGGCCUUCCCCAAACUGUUGCCACAACGUUGGAGGCACAGAAUCGUCUAGAAUGUCAGUGUAUGCUGUAGUGUUAAGAGUACCCUUCACUGGAACUAAGGGGCCUAGCCCAAACCAAAGAAAACAGCCCCAGACCAUUAUUCCUCCUGCACCCAACUUUACAGUUGGCACUAUGCAUUGGGGCAGGUACCGCUCUCCUGGCAUCCGCCAAACCCAGAUUUGUCCAUCGGACUGCCAGAUGGUGAUGCGUGAUUCAUCACUCCAGAGAACGCGUUUCCACUGCUCCAGAGUCCAAUGGUGGCGAGCUUUAUACCACUCCAGCCGAUGCUUGGCAUUGCGCAUUGUUAUCUUAGGCUUGUAUGCGGCUGCUCGUCCAUGGAAACCCAUUUCAUGAAGCUGCCGACGAACAGAUCUUGUGCUGACAUUGCUUCCAGAGGCAAUUUGAGUGUUGAGUGUUGGAAUCGAGGACAGACGAUUUUUACGCGCUACGCUCUUCAGCACUUGGCGGUCCCGUUCUGUGAGCUUGUUUGGCCUACCACUUCAUGGCUGAGCUGUUGUUGCACCUAGACGUUUCAGCUUCACAAUAACAGCACUUAAAGUUGACCAGGGGAGCUCUAGCAGGGCAGAAAUUUGACGAAAUGACUUGUUGGAAAGGUGGUGCAACGUUGAAAGUCACUGAGCUCUUCAAGUAAGGCCUUUCUACUGCCAAUGCUGGUCUAUGGAGAUUGCAUGGCUGUGUGCCCGAUGUUAUAUACCUGUCAGCAACGUGUGUGGCUGUAAUAGCCGAAUCCACAAAUUUGAAGGGGUGUCCACAUACUUUUGUAUAUAUAGUGUACCUACCUACUAUGGCUGUUUCGGUGACCGUAAUACUGCCACACCGGCAGUCAUGAGAUAUGACAGCAGUAAAAUUCAGCGUGACUGUUGAGUCAUGGUAAUCUCCUCUUAUGCACUCUGGACAUGGAUUAGUAGUUCCCAACUCGCUAACGAUCAUCAGGUCACUAAUGGCCUGGUACUCAGGGUCUAUUGUCCCUCUAACCACUCUGACAUCAAUGCAAAUGCAAUCGAAAAUCACAUCAACACUAACGGUGAUUGAAAAAAAUUUAAUGACCGCCACAGCCCUACUACCCAUCUAUACCUACCUGCCUGCCUGCCCGCCCGCCCAACCAACCAACCAACCAACCAUCUACCUACAUAAGUUGUUGAAUGUUUGAAUCAGGUGUGCCAAAGUUGGUCUGGGAAGUGGGAACAAAAGUAUUUUAGUAUUGAAUAUUUUAUUAUGAUCCACAUUAGCUAGUACUAAAGCAGCAGCUACUCUACCUGGGGUCCACACAACACAUAAAUCAGAACAUAAUACAGAACAACAAGUACAUCACAAGGACAGAACUACAUACAUUUAAAAUAAGUAGACAAGCGUUCAUACAUUUAUGACUUCAUAGUCAUGUAACUGUGGUUCUGUCCUAUUAUUUACUUGUUUACGUUGUAUAGGACAAUGAGUUGAAUUCAGAAGUAUAGAUAUGUCUUCUUAUCCUCCUGUGUCCACAGAUAUCGAAUGGAGACUGGGGCAAGACUGUGAUUGAGUACAGGACUCAGACGCCAGCCAGACUACCUAUCGUAGACUUGGCCCCCAUGGACAUUGGCAAGGAGGAUCAGGAAUUUGGCCUGGACAUCGGACCUGUGUGUUUCUCCUAAACCCAACACACAUGGAUGGAUUGAUUUCUUUAACCCUUUGAGGAGUGCAUUUUUUAGAACGCCAUCCUCAGUUCUCAGUUUAAAGAGGCAAUCUGGAUUUCAAACAUUCUUCAAGAAUCAAUGGCUAUAUAUCAUUCAUUUAAAAUAUUGCCCCUUUAAGAAUUAGGUUUCAGUUCAAUAACUAAUAAUGAUUAGACCCACCUGUUGUAUAAUGAACAACAACCCCUUGUGAUGUCAUCAAUUAGAAUCGGUUAGAAUGUUGUCGUCCAUUCUCCUCCAAAGGGUUAAUUAUUCCCAAGACUCUUGGACUACCUGCUGAAGCAAUCAGCGUUGUACAUAAAGGCCGGGCGGAGAAACAUGUCCUGCCUGCUACUAAAUUAUUUAUUGCAUUUUUCCAAGAUACAACUAAAUUUGUUAGUGCAAUGGUACUGGUAGCAAUUAUUAUUGAGGAAUGCAGGUGAAUUGUAUUAGAAGGUAAUUGUGACAUAAUGGAGUUUCAGGUCCUGAAGGUUUAAGCUUGUUGAAAACGUGACAAUUUAUGGAACUUAAGUUAUGAGUGUCAGUGUUGUAUGACGUUCCAUCAUACAGUUUCUCAGUGAAUGCCACUAAAUAGAUAUACUUUCACUUGAUGUUGAGACAAAACAACAACAAUUGUAUUCCUUUUUCAGAUGUAAAUGAAACAUAAGAAUGUAAAUUGCCCUUCACACGUUUAUUAUUCCUGUUUAUUGUUGAUAUUUUCUUCUUUCGACUGAUGGUGUUACACCCAAUAAAAUGAAUCUCAUGCCCUUUUCAGUCAAUCUGGUUUAAGCUUCAGGUCAGGAUGAAUAAAACAAAUACCUUCCUAUUCAAUAACAGCGUUUGAAUUAUGCAGGGGCACAACUUUGGUUUUAGAAGUGGG